CAGAGGCUCUCUGCUGUAACCAUGGACACACACACAGACACACAGACACACACACACACAAAUAAAGUCUCUCUCACAUUCUCUCAAUGCUGUAUCUCUGACGCACACUUUCUCACGCUGUGUUGGUUCCCCCUGUUUUGCUUUUUGAUUGACGCUUGUGAAGGUCUGCCUGACUAGGACCGUACCAUUCAUGACCAGAAAAUUGGGGGUGAGCUGUUAAACCAGCCAGGCUGAAAAAAAAGCCUUUUUUUUCAAACGUUUUGAACGGAAAUUCUCCCGUCCCCCCGUCCUUUACUCCCAUAUAGUCCGAUCCAACCCUAGAGGGGAGAGAGCGAGGGAGAGUGAGACAGCUGAUCAGUGCUGUGGUAUUCUGAGUUUAGAGAACAGAGAGAGAGAGAGAGAGAGAGAGAGAGAGAGAGAGAGAUUGAGGAAGCUGACAGAAAAAGAGGAAGAAGCUCUAACCGUCUGUGAAGAACAAACAGUCUGAAGAAUUUUGUCUUUAAGGAGAUAAAGAAAACAUCAGAAUGUGUUAAAAUCAAAGAGCUAGAACAAGUGUGAGAGAGAGAGAGAGAGGGCUUGACCUCAAGAAGAAAACAAACAUCUUCAAAAGAAGAAGAAAGUGGCAUGAAACGUGACUCGUGUGCCACGUGAAGUUUCCUGCUGCUGGAGAAAAACAUCUCAAGAACGAGAGAGAGAGAGAGAGAGAGGGAGACAGAGAGAAACACAGGGUGAACAAGCUUAAAAUUAGAAGACAAAAAUUUUAAGAAGCAAGAAAACGCGAUGAAACCCGACUCAAGGACAUAGGAGGACUGAGAGUGACUACGAGAGAGAGAGAGAGAGAGAGAGAGACGAGCUCAGCUACAGAUCUGUGAGGACGUGUGUGUGCGUGUUUUUAAGAAGAGAUGUCGUGGUUGUCGCCUGUGCAGUGGGCCAAAUGGACCUGGUCUGCCAUGAAAGGAGCAGAAGAAGACGAGCUAGAGGAGAAUGACGUCCAAAACAGAGAGAUGGAAGAUGAUGAUGAUGAUGAUGAUGAUGAAGAAGAGGAGAGAUCUCAAAGCUUCAGCUCGGAUUCAGAGGGUCACUUCGAGACGCCUGAGACAGAGUCACCUGUCCAUCAUUCGCAGGCUCCACCCACAACACACAUCACAGAGGAGGAAAUCGUGUCCAUCAGCGUAACAUCAGAGCCGAAACUUAUGCACCUGGACAAGUGUCCAAAACCAGACCCAGAUGAUUUGGACUGCAACAGCCUUGUUCCUGAAAUUCCCAAGAUGAAAUCUCCUCUAAUUUCUGAAUCCACUGAAAUGCAACCAGUCACACCCAGUCCUGUAAACGUGGACGAUAUUCCUCUUCCUAAAAAAUCAUACACCCUUGAAGUGGAAACAAAACUUCAGGACGAAGACGAUGCCGGAUCGCAAAAACAAGGAAGUAAACCGGAAACCGUUCAAAAUCAGAAACCUACAGAAACAGAACCGGGACAAGACACAGACUAUGUUCCCCUGCCUGAAAAUUCCCACAGUUCAGAACAGACGUCUCAAGUCCAAAAUAACGAUGGAGAGCGCAAAAAAACUCCGUUUCAGAAACGAGGAAACAAACCUGGAACCAAACCCGUAUCUAAAAAACAGAAGCCCAAAGCGACAGUGGGAGAAAAUGACACACACACUCCUCUAAAUGUGGACGACAUUCCUCUCCCUAAAACAUCUUACAACUUUGACCCGAGCCAAUGGGACGAUCCCGAUUUCGACCCGUUUGGAGGGAAGAACAAAGUUGGGAGCUCUCCGAAACUCCAGAAAGCAUCGCACAAUUUUAGUCCAGAUAACUCUGAGGACUCGCUGGAUGCCUUUAAGCCCUCUAACAAGAUCAUUGAACACGAUGACUCUGAGAGAUCCAGCGAUGAGAAAGCGAAGGAAGAGCAGAGCAAAGAGCCUCCUGUGGCAGAGGAGAGGAAAGUGAAACAGUCCCCCAAGAAGAACAAAGACAAGAUCAUCAAGACCAAUGAACAAGCACGUUUUCUCUGUAUGCUGCUGAACACGUGCAAAGUGAAUAAGUAUGAGAACACAUCCUUAGCGUUGGAUGUCUGCAAGCAGGUUGAGGAAGAACAGGAGGAGACUGUACGUCACGCCACCGAUGAAGAGAAACUCGCAUCUACGUGCACGAUGCAGAAACAUGAUCAAAUAACAAAGACGUCAAAAACAGAAGACGACCUGGAGCUAGCGAAAAAAGACCACUUUCCAGAGAAGGAGAUUUGCACACCUAGCGAGAGCUUGGAGAAGAACAGCCCCAACCUUGACUCCAUCGCACUCAGUGAGAUGGACAAAGCUGCUGUUCUGACUCUCAUCAGAGAGGAGAUAAUCACGAAAGAGAUCGAGGCAAAUGAGUGGAAGAGGAAAUAUGAGGAGAGCAGAAUGGAAGUGUUGGAGAUGAGGAAAAUAGUAGCAGAGUACGAGAAGACGGUAGCACAGAUGAUCGAAGAUGAGCAGAGGAAGAACAUGGGCUCUCAGAAGAGUGUCCAGCAGUUGAUAACCGAGCGGGAUCAGGCUCUAUCCGAUCUCAACUCAGUUGAACGCUCGCUCUCUGACCUGUUCCGCCGCUACGAGAACAUGAAGACCGUUCUGGAGGGAUUCAAGAAGAAUGAGGAGGUGCUGAAGAAGUGCGCUCAGGAAUAUUUAGCGCGCAUCAAACAGGAGGAGCAACGUUACAACACACUUAAAAUCCACGCUGAGGAGAAACUCGACAAGGCAAACGAAGAGAUCGCUCAGGUGCGUGCAAGGGCGAAUGCGGAGUGUGUGGCAUUGAAUGCGAGCCUGAGGAAGGAGCAGAUGAAGGUGGAGUCUCUGGACAGAGCGCUAGAACAAAAGAAUCAGGAAAUGGAGGAGCUCACCAAGAUCUGCGAUGAACUCAUCGCCAAACUCGGCACAACAAACUGAGCACAGAACACCCCUGGAAGUCCUGACUGAACCCCACAUUCCUCCACACCGCUUCGCCUCCAACAAAGCCCUGCAUGUCUGGAUCUCUCUCCAACAUCUGGAGCGUGGCCCUGCAAUAUCAGCUAAAGUAAUGCACCUGUAAUAGAGACUCUUUAGAUCCUGAGACAACAUGGCAGUCUGAAGGAAUCGUCAGCGCUAGCUGGAUCUGAACACAUUAGCACUUUGUGACGGCUCUGCUUGUACUUUAAAUGCAGCAUGUUUCAUCCAUGAAGCGAUUGAGCGUGUGUGUGUCCUUGUUUUAUAAGCAGGGCGAACUAUGUAUGAUGAAUGGGUGAGAAUGUGUAUCUGUGUUGCGUUUAAGUCAUUCUUCCUUAAAGUACAUGCACUUUGUAGUGUGUGUGUGUGUGUGUGUGUGUGUGAGAGAGUGUGUGAGAGAGUGUGUGAGAGAGUGUGUGAGAGAGUGUGUGAGAGAGUGUGUGAGAGAGUGUGUGUGAGAGUGUGUGUGAGAGUGUGUGUGAGAGUGUGUGUGAGAGUGUGUGUGAGAGUGUGUGUGAGAGUGUGUGUGAGUGUGUGUGUGAGUGUGUGUGAGAGUGUGUGUGAGAGUGUGUGUGAGAGUGUGUGUGAGAGUGUGUGUGAGAGUGUGUGUGUGUGAGAGUGUGUGUGUGAGAGUGUGUGUGUGUGAGAGUGUGUGUGAGAGUGUGUGUGAGAGUGUGUGUGAGAGUGUGUGUGUGUGAGAGUGUGUGUGUGUGAGAGUGUGUGUGAGAGUGAGAGUGAGUGUGAGUGUGAGUGUGAGUGUGAGUGUGAGUGUGAGUGUGUGUGAUAAACAGAGAGAAGAUGAUGACUGUAUUUAACAGAUUAUAAGACAUGUUUUCUGGCCAAUCCCAUUUGAAUAUUUUUUGCCUUUGCCAUCAAAAUCAGAGUUGUCAUGGCAACAAAAAACAGCGCUAAUGCCCUGAUUUUCAGUGUCUAGAUGUACAAGUAAAAGGUCAAACAAUGAGGCAUGCUGAUCGAGGAAAAUAAUAAAUGUUUCUCCCUCUCUUCACCACACCACCAGUGCAAGUGCCAGUGCAAAUCCCAUGAUGCACAUAUUUUACUGUAAAUAAGAAUUUAUGACAUGUUUAUUUUGUAUAAAUAUGAAGGUCUAUGCUUCAGUUAUUUUGUGGGGAUUUAGGAGAAAACGAGAAGGUCUCCCUGACAAAUUAGUGUGUGUAGUGUUUGAGUCAGUGUUUACACACUGGGAUUUGUGCUAUAGAACUUGAACCUCUGAAAGAAUAUUUACGUUAUAUUUAGUAAGGCACUAAUCCUAUAGUUCAGGACUGAAAUGUUCCUGGGUCAGUAAAGAUGGAGCUAAGAUUUAAUUGGAUUAGCCACAUUUUUUUUUACUGCCUAACGGUUCAGCAUAAAAUACACAGAAAAUGAAAAGAGAGGUUAGUGGUAGUGGUGGUGUUGAAGUUUGUUAUUGGCUAAUCAACUGUAACUUAAGCUCCCUUAUUGAUUCUGUGGCAUUUCCAUUCAAUGGCAUUGCUAGUUACAGUACGUUAGGAUUAGUCAGGUGUGACGCACAAAGAGAUCAACACGAACUGAUCAUCUUUUAUCAGAUCUUUUUAUGAAAGUAGAAAAAAACGUGUUAAUUAUUGUAAUUUUUAAAAUAAACAUAUAGCUAACUACACUUUAAGCACUUAAGAGAUCAAGCAGAACUGUUUAGCAAACGGUGAAUGGACUUGAGAAUUUGAUUUUUGUUUUUUUUAACACACUUUUUCUUGCUUUUUCAUUUUUUUCCAUGUUUCUUCAGUGAUUCAGUGCUGCUUUUAACCUGCCUUUGUUGACUUCACCAAACUCAUUAGCUGUGCAUUAGCAAUGUAGGCUUAUCCAGAAGUCAGUGCUGUGGUAAAACUAUUGGAUGUUUAUAACAGGAGCAGUUUAAUUUGUCCAGUCUGAGUUUUAUUAUUAUUUAUCUGUACAUGAGAGCUGAUGAAACUGUGGUACUUUGUUGUCAUCGCCACACGAUAGAUAGCAUGCUAAGUUAACUUAUUUCAUACUGUGAUGCUGCUGAUUCUGAGUUUAAAAUCCUUAAGGAUUAAAUAUCGUCGCAUCGUUUAUUACCGUGUGAACCAGAUGAUUAGCAUGCUAUGGCCUAGCAAGGUCGAAUCUGAAGUCUGUAAAUGUAUGAAAAUAAUUGCAGCUACAUUCUCAUUUUCAAGCUCAUGUAUAUUAGACACUCCUUAGCUUCUGUGAAUUCCUAAGACUGUAGACACUCAAGUCAACAAGUGUGUGUUGAAAAAGGUAUUGGAACACUUCAGCUUUGUGAAGGAACAAAAUAUUUUUCUACAACUCCUGUUCGAAUGACAAUCUGCCUUUUGCUCUGUGUCUGUUGCCAAAGUUACUCCAACCAAGCUGCCAGUGUCGUAUCCCACAAUCCCCUGCGUGUCAUAUGCAAUAGCUACCAAAACGUGUGUGUGUGUGUGUAUGUGUGUGUGUGAAGUAGACGUGCUGAUAUACAACUUUAUCUUCGGUUUACACUUCAAAGCUUAGUCGCAUUCAGGAUAGAUUUUCUAAAGAAGUGUCCUUCACUACAAGUUUACGGUCCUUACUUCCACUUCCUGUUGCCUCAGUUUUUUCUUCAGUACAUAAUAACAAGAUCCUGACAGUAUGAUAAAGAGUGAUCAGCAGUUUAAUGCUGCUGCUGCUGCUGCUGCUGAUGAUCUAAUGAGGAUUUAAUAUGAGCACAUGCUUAUAGCGCUGAACUCUGUUGUGUGUGUAUGUGUUUAUUUGUGAUCUUCAUGUUUGUACAGUGAGAACGAGAGCUACACAGAAAUCAUGUUUACUAAUAUAUACUUUCUCUAUAUUAUAUUCUAUAUUUUGUGCAUAAAUUGUUGCCUGAAUUAAAGGUAUUAGAAUGUAUAA